CCUCCCACCUCCCGGCCGCCAUCUUCCAAUGUGUAUAUCCUGCGUCUGCCCGACUCGCCGAACUCCCCGACCCAUCUCCCGGCCGCCAUCUUCCAAUGUGUAUAUCCUGCGUCUGCCCCAUCUUCCAACUCGCCGAACUCCUCCCAUCUCCCGGCCGCCAUCUUCCAAUGUGUAUAUCCUGCGUCUGCCCGACUCGCCGAACUCCUCCCAUCUCCCGGCCGCCAUCUUCCAAUGUGUAUAUACGGAAAAUCCUCCCUCCAUCCUCCUGUUUUUACCAGCUCCUCCCCCUUCAGUCUUGCACAGGUGUACCGGACUCCUCCCCUUCAGUCUUGCACAGGUGUACCGGCUCCUCCCCUUCACUCUUGCACAGUCUUGCACAGGUGUACCGGCUCCUCCCCUUCAGUCUCGCACAGGUGUA